ACAAUCACGAUGUGAAGCAAAUUGCCGGUUUAUUGCAUCAAGGCUUGAAAUUCACGGCGAAAUUUGGUCAAGAUUAUUAUCAGAGGUAUGGGUUCGGCGCCUAUAUCACCUCUGAGUAUUUUUUGAUCGUUUUCCACAAAUAAUUUCCUUUGACAGUUAGCAUUAUCGCAUUGAGAGUCGCGACAAGCUGGGUUACGUGCACUACCCUUUCAACAGGAUUACACGUUCGCAUACAUGCAUCAUACUUUAAAACAUUAUUAUUUUGACAGCAUUCAACAGCUUAGAAAGGCAACUUGGUAAACGUGAAUGACGGGUAGCAAUUUGCCAAAACCACGCAUCAUAAAUUAGCAGACAGUGAAGAGGUGGGAGACAGUAACCAAUUUGAAACAAUUGCAACGAGAUCUACCAAAGUAUCCGUUUAUAAGGAAAUAAAAUAUGACACACUGAAACUAUUUAGUGCCAUAUUAAUUUGGACAAUAUAUCAGUUCUCCAAAUAUAUGAGGAUGGAAGAGAACCAAAAGAGAGAGCACAUCCACUCAUCGUUCAGCAUCAAUAGCAUUCUUAGCAAACCAAACAAGAAGAAGCCAGAUGAUGAUAAAACACCAGAGAGAAGGCGAUCUACUUCACCAAAAUAUCCAAACGAAACUCAACAUGCGCCAAAGGCUUCCGAUAGCGACAGCACUAUUGAAAAUGACGCUAAAUCUGCACCAAGUACAGAAGAGACAAAUCCGAUUGUAUUUAAUAGCCAAUAUGGGCCCCCUGUCACACAUCCCGGGUUCACCCACCUAAUGGACCCGCGGACAGUUCUAGCCAGGAACCCAUGGUACCCGUUCUUUGCCGUGCCACCCUAUCCGGUCCCCCUCCCUGCACAUCAACAUGUCCCCACAUCGGUGCAGAGCCUUCCAGCGUCUCCUUUACGUAUUCCCACCAUCCCCUCAUCGAUAUCCCCGAACAACAAAUCGGAGCUGAUGGUUAAGGAGAGAUUAAGUCCGGGAAACAGUAGACUUUCGCCUGCUUUGUCAGACGACGCUAGCAUUGAUGACGCGGAUGAUAAAGACAGUGACAUUGAGAUGAAUGAUCACACAGACAAUCCCGAUAGAUCCAAAAUGGCUCGCAAAAAGAAAACUCGGACAGUUUUUUCAAGAAGUCAGGUUUUCAGAUUAGAAUCCACAUUCGACAUGAAACGCUAUCUGUCAAGUUCAGAGCGAGCGGCACUGGCUGCCUCACUUCAUCUUACAGAGACACAGGUCAAAAUCUGGUUCCAGAACAGAAGAAAUAAGUGGAAAAAACUUUUGGCGCAAGAGCUUGAAACUCAUAGCUCUGCACACAAUACAGGACUGUCACUAUCCACGCUCCAACAGAGACUUGUUAAAGUACCAGUUCUUUACCACGAAGGAGGAUCGCAGAUGACGACGAGCUCAGAGGGGGUACUUACACAGAGUCCCCUGAUGACGACAUUUCCAAGUAUGUACGGGUUGUCUUCUGUGUACCCCAAUCUGAGACCGACAUUGCCGAAUAUAAGUCACUAACCAUGGUUCAAUUUCUCCAAAUUUUGUAAACUUACGGAUCCGCAAAUCAAUUAUUCUUUGCCAGUUCAACAACAUACAGAAGUUGAUUGACGGGUCCGUGAAUUUUAACUUUUUGAGAUGCGCAUGUAAUAAUUUCUUUGUUAAGUAAUUCAGAUGAUAUGUCAUUGUAAAUAGUCAUGGUAUUUAGAUAUUAUAUUGUGGUGCUAUAUUGUAAUUGCAAUUAUUAUGAAAUUACAGGGUGAUCCAGUAAUAAGUGUCAUACUUACGAUAAAUUUCAAAGCAAAUAGGCUUCCUAAAAUUAAAAUUUAGAACUAUUAAAAGGUGACUACCUGUAAUAUAAAACGGGACAGCAAAGCAUGUUUAGAUUGAUUGAGAUUUCUCUUCCAAAGAUUGACCAAACUUUCCUAAAUACCCAGUGUAGAAAUGUUAACUAUUUAUUGAGAUGCGACUGGAAUAUUAUUUUGUGGAAUAAGGAAACCGACAUUUUGUGGAAUAAGGGGAGUUGCAAUACAGUUAGAGGUUGUAAAACAAUUCACAAUGUGAAGAAUUAAGAUUUCUGUUAUCCCAGAGAUCACCGUUAAUCAAGGGCAUAGAUUGAAUUAUUUUCUAAAAAGCAUGCCAAUGUAUUGUGUCAAUUUAAAGCCCUUUAAGGAAGAACCUUUAAAUGAGAGUGUAUGUAGACAAUCAACUUAUACGGUAAUGAGUAAAUACCAAUUUUCAAUGUAAUACGCGAUCUGGCCAAAUUAUAUGAGAUGGCCGUCGGUUUUUACAAAUUCACAUUUUCUUUGCUCUCUAAGAUUAAAGUCUCAACAUUUUCAAGCAAGACUCGACAAAAGUAGGUUUUGUACUACUAGUGUUAUAGAAUAUAAAAGGUUUGGUUAUUGCCUGGGCCAUUUAUCAGUAAUUUUCUGUUCAGCUAAUGAUGUAUUCUAGUAUUCAUGUUUCCACAAAUGCAGAAGAAAUGUAUUUGUUUUUCCAUCUCAUUUUAGAUUUUGUAUCCACACAAAACUGAGAGAACAGAUCUUGAAAGUUUUAAUUUUUGGAUAUUGUGAAUGAACAAACUUUUUAUUUUUCAAAUUUUCAUUACAUAUACCAACAAAAAAGUAAUUUUUGGAUAAUAUUGGAUACAUAUGAAAUAUUUCGUGCCAUCCUGUUUGAGAUGUAUACAUUUCCUCCGCUUUUUUUAACAACA